AGAAGGCGGAAGCAAAGCAAACAUGGACGCUAGCAAGAAAGUCUUCUUGGUCGUCGCUCUUUCGGAGUACAAACAACUUUUAGACAAAUAUUCUCUGCACCUGAAGAAAAACUCCGAGGAGGAUGAAAGACGCAGAAGGAUACUCAUAUCCACGAUACUGCGGUCGAGGCAGCAGGUCAUCCUGAAGACCGGAACUGCGUGGGAGGAGAUGCAGAACAUGGAUGAGCGCACGUUUUCUCGCCACUUCCGAGUCUCCAAGCCGCAAUUUGAGUAUCUGGCGAUGAAGCUGCAGGUGAGCGGACUGGAGAAGGAGCACUGCCAGGGUCUGGCUCCCGUUCCCGUCACAAAAAAGGUCCUCAUGUUCUUGUGGUACAUGUCCAACCAGAGCAGCUUCAAAGAGAUGUCAGAGACGUUCGAGGUGUCGCAGUCGACGGCGCACAGGGUGAUCUCGGAGGUGCUGAACACUGUGUGCACGUUGGGCCCGACCUUCGUCUCGUGGCCAAACGCUUGUGAGAAAGCGGCGUCUGCGGCCGCGUUCCACCGCCUCUGCGGCCUCCGCGAGGUCAUCGGUGCGAUCGACGGGUGUCACAUUCGGGUGCAGAGGCCGCCCGUGAGAGGAGGAGACUACAUGAACUGCAAGUCCUACUACUCCGUCCUCCUGCAGGGGAUUGUAGACGACAGGGGGCGAUUCCUAGACAUAUUUGCGGGGCCACCGGGCAGAGUUGACGAUGCCACGAUGCUGAGGGCGUCCAGCUUCUACGAUGGCUGGCAGGAGAAGAUGGGUGAGUACAGGCUGCUGGGAGACUGUGCCUACACGGGACACGGCUUCCCGUUUGUCGUCAGUCCUCGGAGCGAGAGCGAGGAUCUGACUGAAGCGGACGAGCUGAGGAACUGCAGAAUCGGCCGCGGGACGGCGGUGGUCGAGGAAGCUUUCGGACGCCUGAAGUGCAAGUGGAGGCGCCUUCGGGAUCUGAGGAACACCCGCAUCGACGCUGUGGUGAUGACCGUCAUGGCAGCGUGCUUCCUACACAACAUGUGUAAUGGGACUUUGGAAAUAUGCCAGGAGCAUCCACAGGGCUGCCCGAGGCAUGGGGAUGAAAAUGAAGAGAUCAUUUGUCUUACUGUUUGAUCUGUGAAGCUGUGGUUCCGUCGGGGUACGGACCGGGUUUGGAACGGUAAAGUCCUGGGUCAGGCUGUGCCCCAUGGCUCUUGAGCGUGAUGUCCUACUGGUGUGACAACAGCGCAACACUUCUUAGUGUUAGUGCUAUUUAAAACUUUCUCAAAAUCCAUGGGAUAUUCACACAAGUCACAAGGGAGUUACGUUUUUCUCUCCACCCUGACUGUACCGUACCAUUUUACUCUGACGCCCCAAAGAUCAGGGUGCCAGAAUGGAACAGUAGAGGGCGGGGCCGGAAAUUUUGGUGCUAUUCCGAAUGGAAAACGGCAAAAGAAACAAGCACUGUACUAAACGGGUUGUAGUUUAAUUUCUCCUCUGCAAAGUCUGGCUUCCCUCGUUGUGAAAGGAUGAAGAAUACAAGAAUACGUCUGA